UUAUUCCAAAAUGGCUGCCUCCGGGCAGAGAGCCUUUGCUCAGAAGCUGAGCAAGCAAGGAGCAGCAGAGGUGAGGCGACAAGUGUCCUCUUCAGUCUGUUCAAGUCAAGAUUUAAGCAGAAGUGCAAGUGUCCAGUCUAUUUCUAUUCACUCUCAACCUACUCAGGUGCCUCUAAAUGAUGCCCCUGAGCCUACAGACUUUGAGGACUAUGUCCUUCAGAACCAGUGCAUGGUGGAGCGAGAUCCACACAAAGAUCUUCUGCUGUAUCCAGAGGAUGAUAUCCAGGUUCACAAGAUGCCUAAGACCCGCCGUACCACACAGCCUAGCUUGCCUGAACCUGGGGCUGAGGCGGACCCCCAUGUCCGAGACUGCGUCAGAAGGUACACAUCUGACUACACAGUGGUCACACGAAGGUAUCAGCAGUAUAGCAGCAGCUGCGUCAGCAAAGAACGAUUGUCAGACCAUAACAUGUUCCAGCAUGAGUAUGAGAUUGAUGUGGACGAGUUGCCAGAACAAGACAAGGACACAAACAAACGUCAGUCAAUUCACAUGAAUGACACACCCCGAGGUAGCUGGGCCAGCUCAAUCUUUGACCUCAAGCAGUCCCAGGCAGAUACGUUGUUGCCCAAUCUGUUUGACCGCAUUUCCUAUGAUGAUGUGGACAGAAAUAAUGAAAAUUUACGACAGCAGAACCGCUACGACAACAUCUUCAGUUUGUACCCAGUCCAAGAUGAGGAGGAAGUGAUAGAGCGCAGAGGUCCAACAGAAGUGCCGAAGGAACAUUUUGGUCACAAAAUCCUUGUCAAAUGUUCUCAACUUAGCCUUGAACUGGAGGUAGAACCAAUCUUUGUGUCAAUGGCGCUGUAUGAUUCACGUGAAAAGAAAAAGAUCUCAGAGACAUUUCAUUUUGACCUGAAUUCGGAAUCUAUGAAGCGUCUUUUAAAUGGACACAUCACUCGUCAGGAUGUGUCGACAAUGAGUCGGUCGUGCAUAUUCAGCAUUACUUACCCCUCUACAGAUGUCUUCUUGGUCAUCAAGUUGGAAAAAGUGCUUCAACAGGGAGACAUCAGCGAGUGUGUUGAGCCAUAUAUGAAGGAAGACAAGUCAACAAAAGAAGAGAAGUACAGAGCUCAGGCUGUUCAGUACUGUGAGCGCUUGGGCAAGUACCGUAUGCCAUUUGCGUGGACAGCCAUAUACCUGAUGAACAUCAUGACCGGCCAAGGCAGUUUGGAGCGGGAAGGUCGGGGACGAGAAGGUCGCGAAGGUCGUGAGGCCAGCGUGGAAAAGCGCAUGAGAGAGGCCAGCAUAGACAGGACAACAGAGCACGAGAUGCACAGGGCUGCGAGUCUCGAUGUCGGUCAGCCGGAUCGCAGGAUGGGCUCCAGUGGCAGCCAGUACGAGAGUUUCCGCAAGCGCUCUAAGGAUGACAUGCUGGCAGGCCGGCGUGGGUCCAUUGACCGAGGGCGCAGUGGGUAUGAGAAGUUCCGUAGCAGGUCCCCAGAGAACUACAACAGUGCCAGCAUGGACAAUUUUCAUCCUGUUACAUUGACGGUCAAGAGCUUUUUUAAGCAGGAGGGUGUCAAGCUCAGUGAUGAGGACCUGUACAAGUUUCUGGCAGAUCUGAAGCGGCCGACGUCUGUACUCAAGAAAGUCAAGUGUAUACCUGUGAUGCUCAAACUGGACAUCUCUCCUUGUCCGGAGGAGCCGAAAUUCACUCUGACCCCUGAACUGCUGCGAGUUGAACCGUACCCAGAUGAUUCAGGCCGACCGACCAAAGAAGUACUAGAGUUCCCGUCUAGAGAAGUCUUUGUUCCGUAUACUAUAUACAGGAAUCUUCUGUAUGUCUAUCCGAAGAGCUUGAAUUUUGCAAAUCGCCAAGGCUCAGCUCGUAACCUGGCUGUCAAAGUGCAGUUUCUCAGUGGAGAGGAUGAAAACUUUGCCCUGCCUAUAAUCUUUGGAAAGUCCAGCUGUCCUGAGUUUACAAAAGAGGCCCUUGCUGCAGUGACUUAUCACAACAAGUCUCCUGACUUCUACGAGGAGGUGAAGAUCAAACUGCCAGCCCGGCUCAGUGACAGUCAUCACCUGUUCUUUACCUUCUACCACAUCAGUUGUCAGGUCAAAAAGAAUGAACCCACUCCCACAGAGGUGCCUGUUGGAUAUACGUGGCUUCCUUUGUACCGAGACGGCCGGCUGGUUAGCGGAGAGUUUAACCUUCCAGUGUCUGUGGAGCGACCGUCCACAAACUACUCGCUGCACAACCCAGAUGUUCAGAUCCCGACCAUGAAGUGGGUAGACAACCACAAAGGUGUUUUCUCAGUGGCUCUAAAGGCAGAGUCUUCUGUGUUCCCACAGGAUGAGCACAUUGACAGGUUCAUGAAUCUCUACACCUGGGUACAAGAGCAGAAAAUUCCGUCUCGCAUGAAUGAGAUGGCCUUUGAAAAUGAACUUAAGCGCAGUAUCAUGGACAUUGACAAUGCGAAGGGAGAGAACCUGGUGCAGUUUCUGCCCUUGAUCCUUGACAAGCUCAUCGCAUUGAUGGUUCGGCCUCCCGUCAUUGGGGGCAAUGUGGUGAACGUAGGCCAAGCAACAUUUGAGGCCAUCUCCCAUGUUGUGCUGCGGGUACACGAGCUACUGGAGGACAAGAAUGACCUCAACGGACGCAACGCUCUGCUGGCUGCAUACAUCCAGUAUUCCUUCAGUAUACCCUGUCUGGGUCUACACCAUCAAGGUUCCUCACCCAACCUGGGUAGCCCACAUGGCCAAGGUUAUGCCACACUGGGCCGACCCUCAUCUUUGCCGGUGGCGAAAGCCAACUACCACCGCAGCUCCAGCAAUCCAGACCUAGCUGGUAGCACGCCCACAUCUCCAGAUUUUGAGUUCUCAACGUUCUCCGGUCGACAGCUUGACCGCACAGGCAGCAUGAAGGGAGAGGAUCCUCAGAAUGUCCCAAAAAUUCGAGGGAAAAAGUUGGUACACGAAGAACUGGCCUUACAGUGGGUGGUCUCCAGCGACACAACGCGAGAGGUUGCUCUCCCCAAUGUCUGGUUCUUUUUAGAGCUAAUGAUCAAAUCUAUGGCGGAACAUUUGGACCAAGUGGACAAGUUAUGUGCCCCUCGACAGAUGAGGUUUUUGGACCACUUUAUUGAUGAUGUCAGCUCUCUGGUGUCCAUGAUCAUCAAAGAAAUAGCGGACAGAUUCAUUAAGGAGCCCCCUCUCAUCAAAGGCCUGAACACCAGCCUGGCUUUUUUCUUACACGACCUCAUGUCCCUGAUGGACCGUGGCUUUGUGUUCCAGCUGAUCCGCCAGUACUGUCGCAAACUGUCUUCAAAUAUAAAACAGAUGUCAGAUCCCACUAGCCUAAUGCUGCUGCGGCUGGACUUCCUGCGUAUCGUGUGCAGCCACGAGCACUUCCUGCCCUUGAACUUGCCCUUCGGCACGCCCUUGACCCCCAGCGGGCUUCACUCUCCGACCAGCAGCAUCAGCUCGCGCAGUUCCGUCACGUCCAGCACCACCCUGGUGGACCGCAGUCGAGUCAUGUUCUACAACCUGACCCCACAGUUCCGCAGCCAGCACUACUUGGUGGGGCUUGUGCUUUCCGAUUUGGCCAUCUCCUUUGAGGCGACGAAUCCAGCCAUUCACCUGCGUGCCAUCAGCGUCCUUCGCAACAUCCUCUACAACCAUGACCUGGAUGUGCGCUACACUGACCCCGAGGUCAAGUCCCGGCUGGCUGCGCUCUACCUGCCUCUUAUAGGAAUUGUGAUUGACGCCUUGCCGCAGCUGCACGAUCCUGCUCUGGACAGCCAUAAGCUGCGUGGGCUGGGUGGGGCUCUGGGCGUGGAUGAGGAGGGGGACAAGAUCAACCAGCGGAUAGCCAUGGCGAUUGCUGGACCCAACGUGGUGCAUCGGAUACACCAUUCGGGCUCAAGUGCGGCCAGCUUACAGUCUUAUGAGGAAGCUGGGGACGGUAGUAAGAACCGCAAAACGCCACUUAGUUUGGAGUUGACGCGCAGCCUCCUAGCAUGCUUCCUGUGGGUGCUGAAGAACUCAAAGCAGUCACUGUUGAGAAACUGGUGGUCGGAGCUGCCAAUCACUCGACUGGCCAGCCUGCUGGAGGUCUUGUACCUGGCCGUCUCCAACUUUGAGUACCGGCAUGAUGCCAAGUGGGCCCUGCCCUCAGUGCAUAAACUUUUUAGACGCACCUGGUCCGACGAGACCUUGGAGGACUGGACCCUGAACCAUCACCACGGCAACGGUGGCGGUGGCGGAGACCGCAUGGCCGACCGAGGCAGCCCGAGCCCCACGCUGCUCGGGAACGGCUCAUCAGGCAGCGGGGCCAGGCCUAAGAGCCACACGCUGCCUAAGUCGCAGUCGCUGCACGAGCAGCUGUGGGAGGGCAUCCAGCGCAAGUCGGUGGACCUGCUGAGGGGAGGCAGCAACCUGCUCACUCGCACCAACAGCAAGGAGGACUCGCCUGCUACACAGGGCAAGAAAAUGGUUACCCAGUGCUCUCAGCAGACCCUGAAGAAGAGCGUGGACAUGAAGUCACGCCUUGAGGAGGCCAUCCUAGGCACGGGCAAUGCUCGGACAGAGAUGAUGAUGAGACGGAGACAGAACUCGCAGGCUUCUCUCUCUGGUCUUGGUGGCUCUCAGACUCCACCGCCCAAUGCUGCCCCGGAGAGCGGAGGUUCGCGUCUGCGCUGGCGCAAGGACCAGGUCCAGUGGAGACACUCUGUGGAUUCGUUUGACAGCCCUAAGCCGAUGGAGCAGGAAACUGAGAUGCAAGAUGAGGGAAGCUUAGCUGCUGAAGUCUCCAUGAUCUGCCUGGACAGUUUAGAGCUCAUUAUACAGAUUGCCCAGAACUCUGAGAUGCUGCAGCCACUGCUGGGCAGUUCCCUGCGUGUCCUCCUCCAUAUGUUGGCCCUGAACCAGAGUACAGCCGUACUACAGCAUCUGUUUGCAACUCAGAGAGCUCUGGUCACAAAGUUCCUUGACCUUCUCUUUGAGGAAGAGGCGGAGCAGUGUGCAGAGCUGUGCCUGCGUCUGCUGCGUCACUGCAGCUCUCCCAUCGCAGCCACGCGCUCGCAGGCCUCGGCUUCUCUCUAUCUGCUGAUGAGACAGAACUUCGAGCUUGGAAACAAUUUUGCCCGCGUGAAGAUGCAGGUGACAAUGUCCCUAAGUUCGUUGGUGGGUCAGAACAAGACUUUCAAUGAAGAGUUUCUCCGCAAAUCCCUCAAGACCAUCUUGACAUACGCUGAGAAUGACCAGGAGCUGGAGAACACGUCUUUCAGAGAGCAGGUGCGUGACUUGGUGUUCAACCUGCACAUGAUCCUGUCCGACACGGUGAAGAUGAAGGAGUUUGCCGAGGACCCUGAGAUGUUGCUGGACCUGAUGUACCGUAUUGCUAAGGGUUACCAGAACUCUCCGGAUUUGAGGCUCACUUGGCUGCAGAACAUGGCUCGGGACCACAGCCAGAGAAGGAACCAUGCGGAGGCAGCUCAGUGCCUGGUGCACGCAGCUGGUCUUGUUGCUGAAUAUCUCAACAUGUUGGAGGACAAACCGUACCUUCCUGUGGGCUGUGUGGCUUUUGAGAAAAUCACCUCCAAUGUCUUGGAAGAAAGUGCUGUGUCAGACGAUGUGGUCUCACCAGACGAAGAAGGCAUCUGCACGGGCAUGUACUUCACCGAGAAUGGCCUGGUGGGUCUGUUGGAGCAAGCAGCAGGAUUUUUCAAUAUGGCCAGCAUGUUUGAAGCUGUGAAUGAAGUGUACAAACUGAUGGUGCCCAUCUAUGAACAAAACCGCGACUACAAGAAACUGGCCCUGGUACAUCAAAAGCUUCACGAAGCCUUCACCAACAUCACACGGCAAGAGGGCAAGAGGAUCUUUGGCACUUACUUCAGGGUUGGCUUCUACGGGGCUAAAUUUGGCGAUUUAGACGGCGAGGAGUUUAUUUACAAGGAGCAGAUGAUCACGAAACUGCCAGAGAUUUCACACCGUCUUGAGAGCUUCUACGGAGAACGAUUCGGCCAUGAUUUUGUUGAGAUCGUUAAGGAUUCAAACACAGUGGAAAAAGACAAACUGGAUCCUGAGAAGGCAUAUAUUCAGAUCACCUACGUGGAGCCAUACUUUGACAUGUACGAGUACAAGGAGAGGAUCACGUACUUUGACAAAAACUACAAGCUCAAACGGUUCAUCUAUGCGACGCCCUUCACCUUGGACGGCCGUGCCCACGGAGAGCUGCACGAGCAGUACAAACGUAAAACUAUCCUGACCACCAACCACUUCUUCCCGUACAUCAAGACCAGGGUCAGCGUCAUCGAGAGGAAACAGAUCAUUUUAUCCCCCGUGGAAGUUGCUAUAGAAGAUAUUCACAAGAAGACGCGGGAACUGGCUCUUGCCAUGGCCCAGGAACCACCUGACACCAAGAUCUUACAGAUGGUGUUGCAGGGUUGCAUUGGAACUACAGUCAAUCAGGGUCCUCUGGAGGUAGCGUUGGUCUUUCUUAGUGAUAUUGUGGACGGCAAACAGGCUGCUACCAAACCCCACAACAAGCUCAGGCUAUGCUUCAAAGAUUUUAUCAAAAAGUGUGGUGAUGCCCUGCAGAGGAACAAAAGCUUGAUCACGUCGGAGCAGCGAGAGUACCAGCGAGAGUUGGAGCGCAACUACAACAACUUCCGGGAAAAGAUCAGCCCCAUGAUCUCCACCGCCACUCUCCGCAAGUCAAAACAUCACAAGAGCAAAGAGGGCAAGGAAUCUCGCAGCAAGCGCCAUGCAGAUCAAAAUGUGUCUGUGUGCUGACAACAUCCCCAGCCCUCCUGAGCCAGAGUGUGAGUUCUCUCCAGUCCCAGUCAGCUGUGAGAGGCAAGAGUUGAAGGUCGUGGGAAUCUUGAGUGGAUUUCUAGUCAAAAGCUGUGUUCUCAGACUUUAUUGUACAUGUAUUUGAUGAGCGUGCAAUAAUUCAGCUGCAUGAUGCUACACAUGUUCUCGAGGCCACGUUGGCCCGAUGUUGAUGACCUUGUCACUGGAAGAGGAGAGGAAAGCCCGGCAAGCCUGUGGAGAAGUGAUUGGAGCAGUCAUCGUGCGGCCGGAAGGUCGACUCUCCAUACAGCCCAACUCACCUUAUGGAGAUCUGUACUUACUGAAGGGUAUUUUGUAAAGCUAUGUUUGAAUGCUAUCAUUGGAACAAUCACUGCAGCGAAGACGAUCAACUACAUCCUGUAUUUAGACUCUUACGAUACAAGUCUGUCAGCGAAGACGAUCAACUACAUCCUGUAUUGAGACUCUUACGAUGCGAGUCUGUCAGGAAAUACCCAUGCUGGUUUCCCCAGCCACAGAAACUAUUACAGAAACAAGGCCUGGCUGAGAGGCUCUGGAGCUGUGACCCAGGAUUACUUAAAACCCCUUUCAUGUAUCGGGUAGAUCAGUAGCUGAGUCUUUAUCUUGAACAAAAUCCAACAUCCAUCUAUUGGGAGUUUUUGUCGCAGCAGUCAAGGCUGUUGUAAAAUAUUCUCAAAAUUAUAAUGGUAAAUGUCCUCCAUGUUCAGUGUAAUUUCAGAUUCAUUAGGGUUGGAGUUCAAUACUUUCAAAGUAAUUAUCAUUGGAACGGGAAAUAUGAAGCUAGAACAAGAUAGCACUAAGCGUGUGACUUACCUGAUGAGGAUUUUUCCUCAUUAAAAGUUUCCUUCUGACAUUUCACUGUCAAAGUUUCUUGUUGAUAUAAAAAACUUGUGGGUUCUUGUGGAUUUUCAGUUUUUGAAACGUCCUUGCCCCAAAUAUCCAGCUUUGGUAAGCUGUAAUGUCAGUAAGAGACUUGAAUACACAUUAUGGGCCCCUUAGGUUUGAUCCUUUUUCUGAAGAGGUUUAUUUUGUUAAGGUUCUUGGAUCUGUUUUGUCAAAGUUAUUAGAGUUGGAUUUUAAUAGAAAGGUCUUUCUCUUAAACUUCUGGUUUAAAUUUAGUUAAUGAUCACUUUUUUGUUUCCCUAAAGAAAUGUGGUUUGCACUAGUGUAUAUAUAUAUAUGUAUUCAUUUCCUGCAUUCAAAAUUACACAAGUACUAAGUGAAGUACAAUCAGUCAGUCCGAUUCAUUAUACUACAGUGCAGCACCCUGGUUUGAGCAAGGGUUACCAUGUCUUGCUCAAGGACUCGCCCCAGUGACCACACAUUUAAAGUUCGUCUCACUGACAUUGCUUCUCAUUUUUUGAGCCUGCGGUCACGAGCCACAUCACCGUAAAGGAUGUGAAAAUUUAAUUUGGUCACUCUCUUUUGAGGUUUUUUUAUUACUCAUGUACAAAGGAUGGAUGUAGCGACCACAUGUAGGAAUACUUUACAGUAGUGUCUGCUUAUACGAGUACUACUUAGUGUGAACUUGUUGAGAGCAUACGGUUCACUUUUCCUUCAGUUCUGUGCAAGCCUUUUGAGAAAAAAAGAGAAAGAAGGGAAAAUAAAAUUGUACUUUAUUUGAGUAAAUUUCAUGGAUUUGGUUUGGUUUAACACUGACCAUAAAGACACUAAACGUCGUGACCUGCUCUACCUGUACUGUUGAGAGAUGUCUGGUUUUGAAAUCUGCUGUGACCUGCUCUACCUGUACUGUUGAGAGAUGUCUGGUUUUGAAAUCUGCUGUGACCUGCUCUACCUGUACUGUUGAGAGAUGUCUGGUUUUGAAAUCUGCUGUGACCUGCUCUACCUGUACUGUUGAGAGAUGUCUGGUUUUGGUAUCUGCUGCUUGGUGUUGACAUCACAGGUAUCGAUGCCACCCACCUCCCCCUACUCUAGGUUCUCUGGUACUUGGUGGUCUGAUAAUGAAUGCUCCAGCAUUUAAAAAAAAAAAAAAAAGACAUUCAUUCUAAUAGAACUUCUGAAUAUUUUAGUAUCAAUGAAUAGGUGCCUUUGGAUGGAAGACAACUCC